UGUGUGUGUGUGUUCAGGGAACAUGGGAGGAGCUCCUGAUCCCGACCUCAACGCCUCCCUGUGGCUCCGCCCCUGCGUUAACGCCUCCUGUCAGCCUCCAGUCAGAGCGGCGUGUCCGUACAAAACGGUCCAGCUGGUCCUCAUCGUCAUGGUAACCGCCUCCCUCAGCGUGAUCACCGUCCUGGGCAACACGCUGGUGAUCCUGUCCAUCAAAGUCAACCGCCACCUGAGGACCGUCAACAACUACUUUGUGUUGAGCCUGGCGGUGGCCGACCUGAUCAUCGGCGUGCUCUCCAUGAACCUGUACACACUCUACCUGCUGCGGGGCCACUGGGCGCUGGGGGCCGCCGUCUGCGACCUGUGGCUCGUUGUGGACUACGUGGUGAGCAACGCCUCCGUCAUGAACCUGCUGAUCAUCAGUUUGGAUCGGUACUUCUGCAUGACCCGGCCGCUCAGCUACCCGGCACGGCGGACGGGCGGCAUGGCCGGUCUGAUGAUCUGCGCUGCCUGGCUGGUGUCCUUCAUCCUCUGGGCCCCCGCCAUCCUCUGCUGGCAGACGCUGGGGGGCGAACGUGUCGUCCCCGAUGGAGAGUGUUACACGCAGCUCCUCGCCAGCCCCGCUGUCACCCUGGGCACAACGCUUCCUUCUUUUUACCUGCCGGCGCUCGUCAUGGUCAUCCUGUACAGCCGUCUGUCCGCCGCCAGCCGCAGUCGACUGAGCGCGCUCCAGUCGGAGCAGGGUCCACCCAGGACGUCCAGUCCGUCCAUUAAAGACUUCCUGUUGAAACGACGGAGCUGGGUGACCAGCGACCUGUGCUCGGACGUGUCUCUGAACCAAUCAGAAUCCAGCACCCCAAAGCCCAGAAGGAACCGGAAGCUGUCCAGAAGUCCAGGUGACACCAAAGAGCCUCAGCAGUGUCAGACCGCCGCCCGCCACGCCACCAACAAAGACUUCAACAAGAUGGAAACCGACUCCUCGUCCAACGCUGACCUCCACAGGACGGCGGCGGCGGCGUUCUCCGCCUGCCCCAGCUUCAAGUCUCAGGAGAGACGGAGGCGUCGUGUGAUGGCAAGGGAGAGGAGGGUCACCAAGACCAUCCUGGCCAUCCUGCUGGCCUUCAUCCUCACCUGGACGCCGUACAACAUCAUGGCCGUGGUCGCCGCCUUCUGUCACGUGUGCAUCCCGAGCGACCUGUGGACGGCGGGCUACUGGCUCUGUUACAUCAACAGCGCCAUCAACCCGGGCUGCUACGCCCUCUGUAACGUCACCUUCAGGAAGACCUUCUGCAGCCUGCUGCGCUGCCGCGGCAGGCAAGGCCUAUAGAAAGGAGUCCGGGUCACGCGUCAUCAAGGCGUCAUAUCUUUGGGGGUAUAACACAUGCGCAGUAAAAUCUGGUCAGCACUUGCCGAAAUUGAGCCAAUCGCAACGCACGACCGCAGCUUCAGUUAGACUGCCCAUGUGUUUUAUCCCAUACCCCAAGACCCAGCCUCCUUUCCAUAAGCCUUGGUGGCAGGAAGCUGCGAUAACGCCGCCACGUGACGGGUCCAGUGGUCACCUGACAGGACAUGUGAGGAUUUAUUUCUGACACUUGAGUGGUUGAAUCCGCCGGUUCCACAAGUAUUUAGUCUUUAAAUACAUUUUUUACAGUUUUCUCUGAACGAUCUCGUCGAUGUUCCUCACAGCUGAUUGAUGUUCAUGAUCCUGAUCAAUAAAACUGAUUAAAUCCUGUAUUG